CAUCCGUCUCCAGCCUCCUCCACGGCCCCGCCCCCUCAGGCCGGUCCGUCUCCCCUCCCACCUCACACCUCCGCCCCGCCCGUCAGCCCUGGCUCCGCCCAGACACGGUGCUCGCCGCCACAGGCCCCGCCUCCAGCUCGCGGCCUCGCGCGCCGGAUCGGCGUGCGUGCGGCUGGAGCCUUAAGCGUUUCCCCCUCCCGGCUUCAUCCCUGCUCGCGGCCCAGCGUCGUUCUCCUCCUGCGCGAGGCGGCCAAGGCCUGCUGGCCAGGAGCCGCGCCUCCACCCGCGCGAGGUAGGGCUUCGAGGACCAGCGCGGCACAGGUCUCCGGAGGCCUCCCGAGAGGGGCUAGGGCGCCGGGCCGCGCGUGGGAGCGGGUGGGGCCCGGGAGGAGACGGCGCCCCGGAGGCGAGUGCCAGGCCUGGGCCGACGGUUACGGGCGCCGACCGGCGUUGUCUGGCCUGAACGCCCGGCCUUUCGGUGGAGGGCAGCUUGCCCCUGUGUGUUGCGCCCUUCCGUGGGUCAGACCGGCGGCGAGGUAUCGUCCUUGGAGAAGAUGGAAGCGGAGAGGCGGCCGGCGCCGGGCUCGCCCUCCGAGGGCCUGUUUGCGGAUGGGUACCUGAUCUUGUGGACGCUGUGCUCGGUCCUGCUGCCGGUGUUCAUCACCUUCUGGUGUAGCCUCCAGCGGUCACGCCGGCAGCUGCACCGCAGGGACAUCUUCCGCAAGAGCAAGCACGGGUGGCGCGACACGGACCUGUUCAGCCAGCCCACCUACUGCUGCGUGUGCGCGCAGCACAUUCUGCAGGGCGCCUUCUGCGACUGCUGCGGGCUCCGCGUGGACGAGGGCUGCCUCAGGAAGGCCGACAAGCGCUUCCAGUGCAAGGAGAUUAUGCUCAAGAAUGACACCAAGGUCCUGGACGCCAUGCCCCACCACUGGAUCCGGGGCAACGUGCCCCUGUGCAGUUACUGUAUGGUUUGCAAGCAGCAGUGUGGCUGUCAACCCAAGCUUUGCGAUUACAGGUGCAUUUGGUGCCAGAAAACAGUGCAUGAUGAGUGCAUGAAAAAUAGCUUAAAGAAUGAAAAAUGUGAUUUUGGAGAAUUCAAAAACCUAAUCAUUCCACCAAGUUAUUUAACCUCCAUUAAUCAGAUGCGUAAAGACAAAAAAACAGAUUAUGAAGUGCUAGCCUCUAAGCUUGGAAAGCAGUGGACCCCAUUAAUAAUCCUGGCCAACUCUCGUAGUGGAACUAAUAUGGGAGAAGGAUUGUUGGGAGAAUUUAGGAUCUUGUUGAAUCCAGUCCAGGUUUUUGAUGUAACUAAAACUCCUCCUAUCAAAGCCCUGCAACUCUGUACUCUUCUCCCAUAUUAUUCAGCUCGAGUACUUGUUUGUGGAGGGGAUGGGACUGUAGGGUGGGUCCUGGAUGCAGUUGAUGACAUGAAGAUUAAGGGACAAGAAAAGUACAUUCCACAAGUUGCAGUUUUGCCUCUGGGAACAGGCAACGAUCUAUCCAAUACAUUGGGUUGGGGUACAGGUUAUGCUGGAGAAAUUCCAGUUGCACAGGUUUUGCGAAAUGUAAUGGAAGCAGAUGGAAUUAAACUAGAUCGAUGGAAAGUUCAAGUAACAAAUAAAGGAUACUACAACUUAAGAAAACCCAAGGCGGUUUACUUAUUCUAUGGAACCAAAGAUUGUUUAGUGCAAGAAUGUAAAGAUUUGAAUAAAAAAGUUGAGCUAGAACUGGAUGGUGAGCGAGUAGCACUGCCCAGCUUGGAAGGUAUUAUAGUUCUGAACAUCGGAUACUGGGGCGGUGGCUGCAGACUAUGGGAAGGGAUGGGGGACGAGACUUACCCUCUAGCCAGGCAUGACGAUGGUCUGCUGGAAGUCGUUGGAGUAUAUGGGUCUUUCCACUGUGCUCAGAUUCAAGUAAAACUGGCUAAUCCUUUUCGAAUAGGACAGGCACAUACAGUGAGGCUGAUUUUGAAGUGCUCCAUGAUGCCAAUGCAGGUGGAUGGGGAGCCUUGGGCCCAAGGGCCCUGCACUGUCACCAUAACUCACAAGACACAUGCAAUGAUGUUAUAUUUCUCCGGAGAACAAACAGAUGAUGACAUCUCUAGUACUUCGGAUCAAGAAGAUAUAAAGGUGACUGAAUAGAUGGAUGAGGGAGUGAAAACUUUGCAUAGAAUCCUCACGCAAGUAGAUACAUGUUCAUCCAAAAGUAUUAAUAGAAAUUCUCUAUCAGCUAUUCAGUCUUAAUUUCACUAGUAGUAUAAUGGGUAUACAUUUUUGUAAAUAGCGUCCCCAAACCAGCCAGCCUUCAGUUAUUUACAAAUGUUUGUUCUUUUUUCAGCAAAAUACUUCAAAUGAAUAGUAUUAACUUACGAAAAGUCACAAAAACUUACAUGAGAGUGAAAAUUUGUUAUGACUGUUUUGAGAGUGGGACUCACUCUGAAGUAUGUGCUGUCUCAUUUCUUAUUUUUGAACCAUGCAUAUGAUGGACACACAAUGGAUGGACACAUUAUAUCUCCAACAAGGUGUGGGUGGAAAGAUCAAAUUAACCUGCUUUUUUGAAAGGAAAUGAUUACUGUCAAACCAGCAUGGUUAAUUGUGGGCAUCCUCCUGCAGCAUGCCUCUUAAGAUUUUCUACAACCCAAACCAAGUGUAUGUAUUGAUUUCUAGGAACCCCCAAAAGGAGAAUAGUAAAAAAAGAUCAUACUUAAAAUUUGUAUUACAAUUUUUAUUUUAGGAACUUAUUCAGACACGUAAAUGUUGUUUAAUUCUGUAGGUAACCAUUUGAGCUGCAAUUCAGGAUCUUUUUUAUAACACCAGUGUAGCCAAAAGAGAAACAGAUAAGUGAAUUGGUAAGAAAUAAGAUUCAGAGCACUUGGGAUUGUAAGUUAUAGGUUCUGAGCUGAACAGUUUAUCAGCUGCUCUUUUUAUUAAAAGACAGUGUCAACACUUCAAAAAACGUGCUUAAAGGAAACAACGGUGAGAUUAAUUGCUUAGAAAAAGCUCAAGGCUGACUGAUAAGUUUUAAAAAUUUGGUGGUCUUGUAGUAUUUUGAAAUACGGUAGUCUUUUAACAGAAUUUCUCCUUAGGGAGGUAAGUGGACAGAAAUCUUUGCUAAAAUGUUUAUAUCAUAUUUAUUUUAAAAUGAGAGAGAUAUAUUUUUAAAUUAUUUAUUAUUUACCUUGUGGUAUGGUACCUGUGUUUAGUGUUUAUGUUCUGUAGCUUUAUUUAAUAAGUUAAAUUGAUCACAUAAAUUCUGCUAGUCACAAUCAGAUAGAAAUUUAGUCUAUUAAUUAAAAUUCUAAUUUAAUUCUCCUGACAGAAAUCUAGAUAUUCUUAUUCUUCACAAAUAUUCCUCAUUGUAUUGAAAAAUGAAGGAGGGCAUGAAAAGCACUAGGGAACUACUUUUGGAUAACUGAAAGCUUUGUUUCAUUGUUUUAUUUGCCCCUCAAUUGCCACAAACUUACUGAAGGGCUAGUUUCAUGGUUCCCAUUAGAGGGUGCUUGUUCGCUGCUGUUGACCAGCCCAAGGGUCAUGACCCACAGGUCGGCUGACCCAGAGGGCAUCCAGCCUGGUGUUUUUCUGACACAUGGCCCAGGCUUUGUGGUCUUUCAUGACAUUAAUCUCUGAAAGAUCAGAAUGUAUCCCCCAAAAUACCAUUAGCUGUCUUUGAGGGUCUAUUAUGAAUCUGUCAUCUGUGAAUUGCCAUAAACCUAAGUUUGCCUCACCUCAGGCCCAGACCAUGUUUUCAAAGAGCAACUUAGUAAUGUAUACAGUAGUCAGUACAUUUUAUGAAAUACUUUAUUUUGCUAAAUUAACCUCUUCCAGAUCUCCUCGGGUGAUCUUAAAUUCUAGUCUUGAGAAACUUUGUGAGCAGAUCUGUUUUCAGCUUCUUUAUAUACCUUUCAUGGUAAGUAACCAUGGCAGUGAGGAUGGCAGAGUUGUUUUUUUUUUUUUUUAAUGGGCCAAUCAUGUUCUGGGUAUUAUGAAGUUUAUCCUUUCAUUCAUGAUCAAAAUUGUUAAAGACAUCACAUUUUAUAAAUACACUGUUAAAUCCACUUUGCUGUAGGUUAUAGUUUACCUGUUAUAUAAUUCGUAGUGCUAAUUGUAGUAGAAGCAAAUCAAUUUAGGAUGUUGGAACGAAAAUAAUCGCAAUAACUAAUACAGUUUUUUAAUUGUGAAAACUACAAUUAAAAAUUAUAAUUUUAAUACCAACCAUAAUAUUACAUUGCAUUUAGAACAGGCUUAUGUAAAAUGCCCUGAUUUAUCUAAAUAAGUUGAUUUUUUGGUUAUUGUAAUCUAGUAAGGUUUUUGCAUCACUACUGGUCUGUCAUGAAGUUUUUCUGCUGGCUUAUUCACUUAUUUAGACUUCAUUUAGGGAAGCUAUUUCAGAAUACCAUCUCAUAAAAUGUAUCAUUAUCUUGUUUUUGCAAAAUUCACUUACUUUUUGGGCACAUUUACCCAGCAUUUCAAAUAAGUGUAUAGGCAUGUGCCUUGUUUAAGUACAAUUUAUAAGACUUCAUGUUUGCAAGUUACAUAUUAGGGUAGUGAUUGUUUAUAUUACCAGGGAUUCUACACUUUACCAAAAAAAUUGCCAUAAGAUUUUCCUGUUCCAUUUUAAAUUGUCUUGAUAUUUAAAAAAAUAACUUCUACAUUCUCAGGAAGAAAUACAUGAAGUAAAUCAUAUCUCCAUGUCUGUUUCCAGAUUUCUCUCAUCUUUUUACUAUCCCAAUACAUUCCUAAUUCCUAUAAACGUAGUGGCUUAAAUACUGAAUACCUGGCAGCUCUUAAAGAUCCCUUAGGCAGAUGAUGAUAAUUUUCAGUGUUUCGUCAUGUUUAAUAGAAAUCAAACUGACUUGUGUUUUAAAAUACAAGUUGUCUGCUAGUAAAGUUACAUGAUUUAGGUGUGUUUUAGGUUUUCUGCAACAAUUAGCUGUGAACCCCUAAUGUAGCUAAGUUUAUACAAAUUUUAUAAUCAAAAUUAUUUAUUUUUAUUUUUUUAGAGUAUGUCAAAAACAUAUAGUGUUUGCUUUGUGAAAUACAUUUGCUUAGAGUUAUAAAAUAUACUGUGACUCAGAAAUUGUAAAGUCAGUUUGCGUUGUAAAAAUGAAUACUACCAGCAUGUCAAAAGAAAAAUAAUUUACAUUUGUAAUAUAAAGUAAAAUUGUAUUUAAUAUAUUUAUUGAAUUUUAAAUUUGCACUAACUUGAAAACUUUAAAGGUUAUACUAAUUUAACGAUUAAUGUGGACCCAAAUACAUAAUUUGGCCAAAAAAGUCAUUAGAAUGGGUAAUGGUUUUGUGUGGUUUUCCUUCAAAAUGAUAAUAUUGAAGCAAGAACCAGCAUUUUAUAUUGAUAAUUUUUUAAAUAUUUCUACCCAGUUGAGGACAGUGGAAUAUAAGUAGAUAUAUUUAAAAUAUCUAGAUAUUUAAAAAGAAAGAAAAGGUUGUUUAUCCCAAUCUGAAUUCAUUCUCAGCAACAAGACAGAAAAGGUGGUUUGGGUUUUGCUUUUAAACAGUGUCCCCCUGUCUUUUUCAAUUUUUCCCUUGAAGCCUUUCUCUUGUUCUUCAGCGUACGCGCUGCAGGCUAUCUGCAGCAUCAGAAUGCCUGGGCAGGCUGUUGAAAGUAUGGAUUCCUGAGCCCAACCCUUAACUUAAUGAUUCCCUGUCUCUGGAGAUGCAACAUAGAAAUCUCUGUUUUUAUUAACAAGCGCCUCAGGCGAUUCUUAAGCAUACUGAAAUUUGAAAGCUUCUGGUCUGAACCUCAUGUAUUCACCUAGGGCUUUUGCUAGGUGGGAUACCAUGCCGAAAAAUUGAAUUAAUUGUAUGUUCUUAAAAUUGUUUUUCUUCUACUCCACUGUCCUCUUCCCUCAAAAUCACUUUUCUAAAAGAACUCUAUGAAAAACUUAUUUGUAUCAUACCCAAAUUGAUAUAUUUGUCUGAACUCUGUUACAUAAAAAUUGGUAUGAUUCAUAUGUGGAAUCAGUUUUUGGACUGUGACCCAUGCAGUGUUGGGGGACAAGGAGUUGCUUCAGGAGUUAGUGCAGUGCGCCUCCAAGGGGCAGUGAGCCAUGGAGGCUCCUGCCUUCUCACUGCAGUCAAUGCAGCCACACUUGUGUAUACUGAGUGCUGCUUCAGAUCUCAGUAGAUAAAAUAAUUCCACAUUUUAAAUGAUUCUGCUAUUUUUUAUAAAGGGUUUGAAAGCCACUACUAUAAUGACUUUGUCACCUAAUUGAUUUUCUACUAAUUUUUACAUAUUCAGAAACUUCGUGUUUUUUUGGUGGACAGAAUAUUUUGGAGUUCUCUGUCGCUGUUUAGAAUGUGGCCACUUGGCUGUCUCACAGUUUUUAAAGCUAUUUUAUUGAAUAGUAAAGCAGUGAACUUAGCCUUUGUUCUUUGUGUUUCUAAUUUAAGCAUAUAGUCUAUUUAAUUUUUGAUAUGUAAAUACACAUCCAUACAUAUAUAUUUACCCAUGUGGCCCUGUGUAGUCAGUGCAUGAGGCUUGCAUAGCCCAAAAAGGUACAUUCCAGGGUUCUGGGGAAAGAAUUUUAAAAGGCCAUCCUCUAAUACAGACGUUUAUAAAACUUAAAUGAAAUGAUUGAGCUUAACCAUAUGCAAGAAAGUCUGCAGAAAAUAAAUCACCUAGAAACUAUAAAUAGAAAUGUGCUGCUGAGGCUGGGCACGGUGGCUCACACCUGUAAUCCCAGCACUUGGGGGGCUAAGGGAGGUGUAUCACCUGAGGUCAGGAGUUUGAGACAAGCCUGGUCAACAUGGUGAAACGCCGUCUCUACUAAAAAUAAAAAAAAAAAUUAGGUACAUUGGCACAUGCCUUUAAUCCCAGCUAAUCAGGAGGCUGAGGCACGAGAAUUGCUCGAACCCAGGCGGCAGAGCUUGCAGUGAGCAGAGAUCACAUGACUGCACUCCAGCCUGGGCAACACAGCAAGACUCCAUCUCAAAAAAAAAAAAAAAGGCCGGGCAUGGUGGCUCACGCCUGUAAUCCCAGCACUUUGGGAGGCUGAGGCAGGUGGAUCACAAGGUCAGGAGAUCGAGACUAUCCUGGCUAACACGGUGACACCCCGCCUCUACUAAAAAUCCAAAAAUUUAGCCGGGCAUGGUGGCGGGCGCCUGUAGUCCCAGCUACUCGGGAGGCUGAGGCAGGAGAAUGGCGUGAACCCGGGAGGCGGAGCUUGCAGGGAGGCGGAGCUUGCAGCAAGCCAAGAUAGUGCCACUGCAGUGGGGCCUGGGCCAAAGAGUGAGACUCCGUCUCAAAAAAAAAAAAAGAAAGAAAUGUGUUGCUGGUAUCAGAUAUCAGACCAAGAACACUUCAGUCUCUCUAAGGAUGCCCUGAGCUACCUCACUGUUAAAGGACGACAUCAACACAAUGCACUAAACAGGAAAUAAGCUGUAAUCUAGAGAAUUUCCAUUAUGUGUUACUUUUUGGUGACUAACAUGGAAUGUUGAAAAGGAAGAGCUGGAAAGCUUAGUUGUUUUCCUUGUUCCUCUGACAUUGUCCAGGCAAGAGGGCAUCCUGAUCAGAUGAGUAGAUUUGGCUGAGAAAAACCCUAGAGUAAGGCAGGCACUUUGUGGAGUUGGAUGAUGAUGGCUCAUAAAAACGUUUGUUCUCAGUCCAGUUCAGGGCUCUGCCAGCAGUCUUUCAGAUUUGAACUGCUUAAACAAACCCUAUAGAUAAAUUGGCACUCUGAUUUGUAAUUCUGUUUGUACAAGUUUAGAGCAGCCUAGCUCGAGUCCUCAACCCCAGUCCUCUUAGAAGUGAACUGAUUGCACUGGAUCCCUAAACCCACAAUGUUGAGGACACAUGUGAUGACUCCACUUGCUCAGCCAGCUGGCCUCUUGCACUUUCCCCUGCCCACCACUUGUAACUACCACUUAAUUACCUUGUGUUAAUUGCUUUUGUUGUGUUGGGUCUGUAUUUUUGUGGUCAGUGCCUGCAGGCAGAAAUGUGAAAGCAUUUGGUAUGUUGAAGAUACUUGCUUCUUUUUUAAUAAAAUUAAAAGUGCAGCACUUAA